CAAACAAUUGCUCAAGACAAUUCGGCUUCCUUCCAUAACUCCACUACUAACAUGAAUUCCUUGAUAUCUCACUGGAGCCGCAAGCGUACCUUACGCUGAAGUCAUUCCCCUGCCCGGAUGCUCCACCAUGACUUCAUGAUGCUGUCAGUAGCUUCUACAACCAGGAAUAUGCAAGCAGUCGAUGCUAUCAUCAGUUCGAGUUGGGUGGUUAUUUAGUUGCUGCACUUUCUCAUUGAAAAUCUUCUUUCAGACACAACGAUAAUCAAUUUCUCAAUUGCAUCUCUUCUAGAAGACAUAUCUAAGACCUAUCUUCCUCGACCUCACCCAACACAACUCAAUUAAAUACAUACACCAUGCCUCGCGGAUCCGAAUACGCCAACGCCCCCGCCCAGAGCGACAACGCCAUUGAAGCUGGCGAAAACAAGGCCCACGGAACCUCCGGCGACACCGGACUCAACCGCGUCAACAAGGUCGCUGAUUUCCCCGAAGGCGCCAAGGGAACCGGUACUGCUAGCAACCCGCUCAGCGGUCAGGGCAGCGCCGGCCACGACGAUGGAAAGGGUGGCCAUGAGCCUAAGACUCUUGGGGAGAACAAGGGACUUGGUGCUCACAAGGCAUGAAUGAGUAAUGAUGUCGAUAUGAUAUGAGUUUUGCAUGAGCUGGGCUCGUGAUUUUGUAAUUUGCAUAGGACGGUUUAAGCAUGCGCUAUUGUUUUCGUUAUGCUUACGAUAUGAAAGUGUCCUUGGGGUUGGAGUUGGAGUUGUUACUGAACUAAUUAUGUAUACGGAAUUGAAGUGAACAACUCAAUGGUCUGUUCUUGUAUAUGCGUAAG